ACAAACAAACGUGCUCUCCUCUCCCUGUGAGUCUUGUGGAAUUGUUGGUUGUGAAAAAUAAUGAAACAGAGUGGGCAUGAUGAGGAUGAAUGAACCUCCAUCCUAUUCUUGCUAAAAAUUUAGAGAUUCUCAUUGUGCCUAUGACCGGGUCUCCUGCUCCCCAUUUUUCAAGCAAACAGAAAAACCAAGAGAAAACUAAAACAAAAAUCAAACCCAAAUCAACAAUUUUAUCAACAAAAAAAAAUUCCAGCAAACUUGUCUUCUCUCUCAUCAUGCAAUCUCAUUCUGUCUCUCCAACAGAAAGAGAGAGAAAACAAAUAGACUUUUCUUCUUUCACCAGCCACUCCAGGGGUCCAUAAUCUCCUGGGGUUAGGCUUCUUUCACCACCUAAUGUUCAAAAACAUUUCUUUUCUUCAACAUACAGAAUUAUUCUUUAUUUACAUGGGAAUAGUGCAUAGUCAAGAAGAAAAUAUAUAGCAGUGGAAGCUUUGAAGAUCACAAUACAGAAGAGACAUGGGAGACACCUCACCUGAUAGAAAAUCAGGUUGUGGCCUGUUAAAUGCAGUUUUCGGUCGCCGGAGUUUCUGGCCGAGAAGAAGUACCUCUACAGGCUCGCUUCCUACGGCCAGCAAUGGCACAUUAGUCAAAACUCCAAGCACUCCAAACUCGAAAAGGCGGAGAGGAGGCUCGGAUGAGGCAGCAUUUUUAGACCCUUCAAUGAAUGUACAAGAAGCACAUCAAAAACCAAUCACAAGAGCUCCUAAUCAUCCCAAGAUUCCUCCUGCUGUAUAUCAACAACAACAGCUACCCAACAAUGUCAGAAGAAAUCUUGAUCAUGAACCGAACAGGAUCGCGCCAAGUCAAGGUUAUGUUAAUCAAGGUAGGAGGGUGCCUAAGGAGGCAAUAGGAAUAUCUGGGGAGCUAGAGAGCAUGAUUGCUGAUCAUCAGAAAUCAAAGGGAAGAAAUGGGCUUGUUCGGGCUUCGUCUAGCAAUGUCAUGCUUAUGGGAAAUUUAGGUAAUUUGCAGCAACCAGGAGGAGGAAAUACAAAUUCCUAUAAUAUUCUUGAUCAUCUGCCCAAGACUGCUAGAGAAGAAACCACAAUGCCUAAUGGAAGAUACCCAAAUAGUGUGAUGGGAAAUGUUGUGAAGAAAACAAAUGAAGCAGAGAAGCCCCCAAAGGAAGAACAACCUGCUGCAGGUUCCCUGUGCAGAGCUAUAUCUACCAGAAUGGACCCUGAACAAUUGAAAAUUAUGGGUAAUGAAGAUUACAAGAACGGGAAUUUCGCAGAGGCGUUGGCUUUGUAUGAUGCAGCUAUCUCAAUUGACCCAAAUAAGGCUUCUUAUAGGAGCAACAAGAGCGCAGCAUUAACGGCUUUGGGUAGGAUUCUCGAGGCUGUUUUCGAGUGCAGAGAAGCCAUUCGGAUUGAUCCUCGUUAUCAUAGAGCACAUCAUCGUCUCGCAAACUUGUAUCUCAGAUUAGGUGAAGCAGAGAAGGCUAUAUAUCACUACAAACAUGCAGGACCAGAAGCAGACCAUGUUGACAUAUCCAAAGCCAAAACUCUCCAAGCUCAUCUCAACAGAUGCACCGAGGCUCGAAGGCUACGAGAUUGGAACACCCUGAUCAAAGAGACUGCCAACACUAUGUCUGCCGGCGCAGAUUCUGCUCCACAGAUUUAUGCAUUGCAAGCUGAGGCCCUAUUGAAGCUCCAUAGACACCAAGAAGCAGAUGAUGCAUUAACAAAAGGUCCGAAAUUUGAAGUCGAUGCCUGUACCAAAUUUUUCGGUCCUAUUAGUAAUGCAAAUCUGCUGGUAGUACGAGCCCAAGUUGAGUUAGCCGCCGGAAGAUUUGAUGAUGCAUUGGCUUCGGCGCAACGAGCGGCCCGGCUAGAUUCGAACAACAAGGAGGUUAACAUGGUGAUUAGAAGAGCUAGAGCCGUGGGUGCAGCUCGAUCAAAUGGGAAUGAGCUUUUCAAGGCUUCAAAAUUCAAUGAAGCAUGUGGUGCAUAUGGUGAGGGACUUGAGCAUGACCCCUACAAUUCAGUCUUGUUGUGUAACCGAGCCGCUUGUCGGUCCAAGCUUGGGCACUAUGAGAAAGCUGUAGCAGACUGUUCUGCUGCCCUAAAUGUGCGUCCCAAUUACAGCAAAGCCAGACUAAGAAGAGCCGAUUGCAAUGCUAAGUUGGGGAGAUGGGAGGCCUCAAUACAGGACUACGAGGUGUUGCAAAAAGAGACACCCGAGGACGAGGAGAUAAGCCAGGGCUUGGAGCAAGCCCAAGCCCAGCUCAAGAAACGAAGAGGAGAGUAAGAGAACGGUGUGUGAUCAUGUAAAAAGCCCAGUUCAUCUUGAAAUGUUUGAGACAGCCAUUGAGCCAAAUGCAUUAACGAAAAAAAAAAAAAUGCUUCAAGAUUUCAGUCAUCGAUUGUUGAUGGUUGGUUUGAGCUUUGAGGUGUGAAAGUGUUGUGCCGUUUAUGCGAUUUGAUCAUUGUUUAGAAGUGAUGUAAUGUAAAAACAAGCAGCAGAUUUUUCUUAUGCCAAUUUUCUUUUUUGGACA